AUGACGGAGCGAGGAAGAGAAAAAGUCGCGGUGCAGAGAGUCAGGAAGGGAAGAAAGAAGGAUAGCGUCGUGUCCAACCGGCCGGCGCGGCGCGGCGCAGAUGUACGAGCGCUCGCAGUGGUGGGGCGGCUGGCCUGGGGGCAGGCGUGGGCGGCGGACCACCCGCCGGGCCUCAGGGACGUGGCCCGUGUCCCGACCUGCCCCAGGCCGCAGAGACCAGCAAGGCGCUCCGCGUGGUCGCUCCACACCUGGCGUAGGGAGGGAGCGCUCCUGCCGUCACUAACACCCAGCAACAAGUUGCUUAGCAAACACUAUCUGGAAAGUAACGGCCACUGUGGACUGCGCCAGCAGGUGGGAGCCCUGGCUGCGCUGCUGCUGUGCGGCCUGGCAGCUGCCGAGGUGGGCUACGGCAGGGGACCAGCCGGAGGCUUCGGAGGCGGCGCUGGCGGCGGAGGCUUCGGAGGCGGCGGCUUCGGAGGCGGCGGCGGCUUCGGUGGUGGCGGCGGCGGUGGUUUUGGAGACGGCGGUCCGGCGCAGCCGUACAGCUUCCAGUACGAGGUGCAGGAUCCGUACUACGGCACCGACUUCGGCCAGCAGGAGAGCGGCCAGGGAGGCAACGUGCAGGGCACGUACCGCGUGCGGCUACCCGACGGGCGCGUGCAGUACGUGCGCUACCGCGCCAGCGACGCCACCGGCUACGUGGCCGACGUGCAGUACCAGGGCACGCCCACCUACCCGUCCGGCCCAGGGGCGGGAGGAUUCGGCGGAGGAGCAGGUGGCGGCGGAGGUUUUGGCAGACCCGGAGGCGGCUUCGGUGGACCUGGAGGCGGAGGUUUCGGAGGCCCUGGCUCCAACACGUACCUCCCUCCUGUCGGCAAGUAGACAGCCGUCAAAUGCAGAAGCCACACGGGUACGGCGAGACUUGGAAGACCACAGCCGCAGGGUUCACGCAGCACAGCACCGGUUCCACGUUAGAAGCUUCCACCACCCACGCAGAUGCGCUAGAGAGGCGAUCAGACUGUGAAAUACCAUGUUGCUCGCACGGAGCAAAACAGUUUCCACGGUGGAUACUCCGUCGAGUGUGCUGCGUAACCCACAUUAGUCGAUAAUUUUGUA